AUGGAGUCUGUUCAUCAUGUAUCAACGUCGUCGAAGAUCCUCUUCGGCAAAGUCCGCAAGAUGGUGCCGCCAAUGCUCGAGAAAUUUCACAAAGGGCAGCUGGGGCGCGUAGCGGUCAUAGGAGGCUGCGCUGACUAUACCGGAGCUCCAUACUUCUCUGCGAUAGCAUCAGCAAAGCUAGGCUGUGAUAUGAGUCAUGUCCUCUGUGAGCGCUCUGCUGCACCGGUUGUCAAAGGUUAUUCUCCAAACUUGAUGGUUCACCCGAUACUGCCAAGCACCGACUCGGUCAAGGACCCCAAGUCAAUCAAUGCAUCCGAACUUGCAGGCCCUAUUAUCUCUAUGCUCUCCCGUUUGCAUUCACUGGUCAUCGGACCAGGCCUCGGCCGUGACGGAGUCACGCUGAAAGUCGUCGCAGAAGUAAUCAAGGAAGCGCGAUCACGAUCUAUCCCAUUCGUGCUGGACGCCGAUGGGUUGCUUAUCGUCACGGAAGAUCCAGAUCUGGUCAAGGGAUACAAAGAGUGCAUUCUGACACCGAAUGUGGUCGAGUUUGGAAGACUUGCAAAAGCACUGGGCAUCAAUGUUAAGAGCCAGGCAGACGUUGCUGGCGAUGGCGACAAAACAAGUAAAGAGUCAGAAGCCUGCGAACAGCUGUCAAGGGCUCUGGGUGGCGUGACUAUUCUUCAAAAAGGGCCGCAUGAUGUCAUCUCUAACGGAGUCACCAGUAUCAUCUCCGAUAUUAAGGGUGGUCUUAAACGCAGCGGUGGCCAGGGAGAUACCCUGACGGGCUCAUUGGGAACGAUGCUGGCAUGGCGAGCGGCUUACCACGAUAAAUUAUGGGAUUCGGGUGAGAAGGAUAAUGAGACGGAGGCACAGAACAAGGAGGACGUACAGGCUGAGCUGGAGUCUGAGGGCAGGCGCAUGUCCUCGUCGACUACUCUCCUUCUUGCUGCCUGGGCAGGCAGCUGUAUCACCCGCGAGUGCUCACGAAGGGCUUUCGAGGCUAAGGGGCGGAGCAUGCAGGCCAGCGACUUGACCGACGAGGUACAUCCUAGUUUCCUUCGACUGAUUGGAGAGCCCGAAGGCUCGAAGACACACCUUUAG